GAGAAGGUUCCUGCUGAAACUAAAACAUCGGUGUCCUCCGAUGGGAAAUCGUCAACUAACAAAGUACUGGUUGAAAAACCAAGGAGUAUCUGGACUGAUGAUGAAAAGCAAGCAGAAGAGGCUAACUUUCGAGCUUUAUAUGCUAUCAUGUCUGUUGUAGAUCCCACUCGGCACAAGAUAAUAAUUCAGUGCACUACCUCUCAAGAAGCUUGGAGGAUCUUGGAAAGACAAUUUGAGGGCACAAACGCUGUUAAAACAUCAAAGCUCCAAAGAGUCUCAACUGAGCUCGAUGAGAUCCGUAUGAGGGAGGAUGGAACCAUUGACAUGUACUAUGCUCGGUUCUGCAACUUGGUUAAUCAAAGUGCAAUACUUGGUGAGCCGGUUCCAGAAGCUAGGCAAGUGCAGAAACUUAUGAGAACUCUACCGGAUAGGUUUGGGAUUAAAAUUACACCACCAGAAAGUUUUCAGAGGAUUCAUAAACUGGGCAUUGAUGAUCUUCUCAGCGAACUUCGCACCUUUGAAAUCAACCAUGGCUUUGACUCUAUGAGGAUAAGCAAAGGGAAAGGGCUAGCUUUAAAGGCCAAGGUUCGUACUGCAGUUGCUGAAGAUGAUGAAUCCGAUGAAGAAUCUUUUGAUGCGGAUGAAAUUACGAAGGCUCUCACCGUGCUCACUAAGAAUGUCUCAAAGCUGAAGAAAUUUCAGAGAAAGAGAUUCCAGGGCAACAGGUCCUUUGAAGGUGGUAGGAACCAAAUUCAGCAAUUUGGAGAAAAGCGGUCUGGCAUGCAGCUGAACAA